ACUGCGUCCGUUAUAGUAGGAGCUGGAGGUAACCUCGUCUUCCAACCACCUUCGUUAGCUGUUCCAACUGGAACACUUCUCCGAUUCAGUUUCUUAGCUCGCAAUCACUCCUUGACGCAGAGCGAGUUUGCAAAUCCGUGCCUGUACAAUGGAGGCUUUGAUUCAGGCUUCAACCAAUUCAAUCCUACUAACAUAAGUGGAGAGUUUGUUGUUGAGUAUGAGGUCACUUCCCCAAGUCCACAGUGGUUCUUCUGCGCACAAACCUUACCUCGGUCGCACUGCAAUGCUGGCAUGGUGUUCAGCCUCAACCCACGUGGAGCACAUUACUCUUUCCUUCAAAACGCU